CGGUGCCGGCCCGCCCCGGGGCUCCGCUGCGGAGCGCUGUCCCGGCGGCGCUGAGCCGCGCUCGGCUCCAUGGAGGCGGCCAACGGGACUGUGCCCGACGGCGCGGCGGGGGGAAAGGGCGGCCGCGCGGCCGCGCCGUCGGGGAAAAAGGAGGUGAAAAUGGUGAUCGUGGGGGACGGCGGCUGCGGGAAGACGUCGCUGCUGAUGGUGUACGCGAAGGGCGACUUCCCUGAGCAGUACGCACCGUCCGUGUUUGAGAAAUAUGCCACCAGCAUCACCAUCGGGAAAAAGGAGGUCAUCCUGAACUUGUACGACACUGCAGGGCAGGAGGACUAUGAUCGGCUACGACCACUCUCUUACCAGAACACAAACGUAGUGUUAAUUUGUUACGAUGUCAUGAACCCCACCAGCUAUGAUAAUGUAGCAGAUAAGUGGUAUCCUGAAGUGAAUCACUUCUGCCAGGGUGUCCCACUCGUGCUGAUCGGCUGCAAAACAGACCUUCGGAAAGACAAAGAGCAGUUGCGUAAGCUCAGGGCUUCUAGGCAGGAACCCAUUACUUACAACCAGGGUGAAGCAGCUUGCCAGCAGAUAAAUGCAGAAAUUUAUCUGGAGUGCUCAGCGAAAUGCCGUGAAAACAUAGAAAACGUUUUUAAAGAAGCAACAACUAUUGCACUGAGUGCCAUGAAAAAAGCCAAGCGCCAAAAGAAACGGAGAGUGUGCUCAGUGUUAUGAUCUGGACUGCAAGAGAGCAUUGACAGCUAAGAACCAAGUUACUCAGAUUUCAGCAACAGUGUGACAACUUCCCCCCCUCCCCAAGACAUUUUGUACUCCUGCAAUGAUUUAUAUUUGAAAAUUUUAAAGCUUUUUAGUUCAACUUUUUUUUUUUAAAUUUUAAAAACUUUUGUCGUAUUGCUCUCACAAAGUUUUCAAUGCUCUUUAUCAAGGCUAAUUGAUGCUACACGUCCACCUGGCUUUUGCUCCUGCCAACAAGCCACCAACAGUCAGGUCUUGGAUUCACUAUUUAAAUUGCAAUGAACAGUGACUCUUACUGCAUGACUUUCUUUGGUUUGUUUCUUCCUCUGCAAAAUUGUGGCUUACUGUAGCUACAGUGUAGUCUCUUUCAAGCAAAAAAGUCACAUCUUUCCGAAGUUUUGGUAGAGCAGCCUACCUACCAGGCACCUUAGAAUAGGCAGGAAUUAAGUUCCUUGUUGACAUUCCCAAAUUUAUUUACUUGGUGUCAGUGGUGUGAGUUGGCAUCAAGCUGCUGCCAUAGCGUACAGCCAAAGCAUCCACUUACUCCCUCUUGACCCCUGGGCCAACUGUGCGGAGCUGCCCCUUUAGAGGUCUCCUUGCAAAGCCCAAUGCUGUAACAUUGGUAUGCAUCACUGAGAUAUACGCACUGAUUGCUCCAGUAUUUAAUAUUUAAUUUACAUCAUGCAAAGUUACAAGUACUCCAGUCAGCUACUCUGUGUAACGUCAAGUCCAUUUUACAAUAAACUUAUAUAUAGCUUAUUUAAUA